AUGGUCAAAGAAACAGCUCUAUAUGACCUCCUAAAUCUGCAGCCUACGGCAGAGGCGGCAGAUAUCAAAAAAGGGUACCGCCGCAUGGCUUUGAAGUAUCAUCCAGAUAAGAAUUCGGAGCCUGGAGCCGAGGAUAUGUUCAAGAAAAUCAGUGAAGCUUACCAG